GUUGUUGUUUCCACGAGAGAACUUGACAGUCGACAUUUUAAAAUCCGAUUUUCGAAAAAGAAAUAUUUUGUCACUGGUAUUAUUUAUUCAGAGUCUCUAAAGUCCCAGAACACUAACUGGAAGAAAGAAUCAGAUUUUUUGUUGUGUGAUAUUUUUCUUCAUUCUUUAUUUUUUGCAGAAGAGCAGAAGAUGGGAAGUCCGUAUCAGCGCUCCGUGCCUCUGGAAGUGAGGAGAGCGGAAGGGGAGAGGGUCCGAGCCAAGCACCCUGACAAGAUCCCGAUCAUUGUGGAGAGGGCUCCCAGAUCAAGAGCUCCAGAUCUGGAUAAGAAGAAGUAUCUUGUCCCAUCUGAUCUGACAGUGGGUCAGCUGUGCUUCCUGAUCAGGCAGCGCGUGUCGGUGCGGCCAGAGGAGGCGCUCUUCUUUUUCGUGCACAACUCGCUGCCCCCAUCCAGCUCCCCGCUAUCUGUCAUUUACGAGGAGCACCACGAAGAGGACCUUUUCCUAUACAUGACGUACAGCACCGAGAGCGUUUACGGAGCCUGAGGGGGGAGAGCGGAAGUCGGACCGAGGGGGCAUCAAAUGAGAAACACGAAACAGUACAUUUUAACAUUUCAACUUUGCUAUCUCAUUUUUAUACACACCUCAGUUUUACAAAACAUAUAAAAAGACAAGUAAUUAACGUUCUCAUUUCAUCGUGCCACCUCGCAACUUAAUGCCGGAGCCGCGCGUGAAGAGUUUGGAAAAAAUGGGAGCGAUGCGGAUGCUGACGAGACCAGACCAACACUAAAGAGAAGGAAGUUUGCGACUGUUGGCUCAAAGUGUUCAAGUGAAAAAGAGCGAACGUUGCGUCUCCUCAUUCAUCUCCCCCUCCCCGCAGGAUUGCUAUUUAAUAUAAAGUGUUUUUGUAAAAUAAUUUCAAAGGAUUUUGCGCGAAAUAAAGUAUAUGAAGUGAAA